AGAAUCAACAAUCGAUCCCGACCACUAAACAAGUUAUACGUGACAUCUAAGCUACAGCGGAUUACAUUCACACCAAGGUCCGUAUGUUUGGCCUCCCGGCCGGAAAGCGAAACCCCGGGAUAAGUACGUCAACUAGCAGGCAACGUUUUAUCUAUGGGCCGCCAGCGCGUCACAGAUCUCUCGUCACGCUUUCGCGCUCCUGGUGACGCCUCCCUGCCCGUUGGGAGUAUACAUAUAGUUGAUCAGCGGCGGGCCCGGAGCGGAGCUCGACGAGUUCGGCUUCAUCGUCUGCCCGGUGCCGGUCAUAUGCCUGAACCCGGAGAACCCGGGCGGCCCGCCGCCGUUCGCGGUCGGGGAGGGCGUCGGCCAGGACAGGUGCGGCGCGCUCGUCGCCGGGUGGGCGUACUCGGGGUGGGAGGAAGUCGACGGCGGGCGCGUAUGCGCCUGCGAAGGCGUGGGCGGGUGGUGCUGCAUCGGCGAGGCGUGCACGGAGGACGCGUGGCUGUGGGGCGACGCCGUCGGCGCCGGACCUGUUGCUGGCGUGGGCGUCGGGACAGGCGUUGGGUCCUGAGGCUGCACGGAAUCCGUUUCACGCCUACGCUUGGUCGGUCGCGUCGAGGUCUCUUUCAGGCCCAUAGCGGUCGCUUUGAUGAGAAUCUGGUGUCUCGUGCGACUGAACCCCCAUUGGGAAAUGACCCAAUCCCAGUCGAUCUCGCCAGUCUUCAGCGAACCGUCGGUCUUACUAUCCUCGGCCAGCUUCCGCAGCCGCUCCUCUUCCUCCGCGCUCCACGCGCCCUCGCGCCCGUUUCGCGCGAACGCGAGCUGCGUCGCCGCGGUGCUCGCGCUCGUCGUUGCCGAAGGGGCGGACGAUGACGGGGCCGUCGUGGACGACGUCGUCGGUGGCGUCUGGCUCUGGGACGUUGAGUAUGACGUCGACUGCGGCGGCUGCUGGGCGUAGAAGUAUGGCGGGGCUUGGUAGUACGGCGCGGUGGGAUACUGCGCGCCUGGAGGCGGGGCGUACACGCCCGGAUAGGGCAUGUGGUGCGGAGGCGGGUGCGGGCCAGCGGCGAGCGGCAUUGCGAAGGUUUGAGUGGUGCUAAUGACGGAAGGACUGGACGUCGUCGCGUUGGAGGUGGACGCAGGCGCAGGCGGUGGAUAAUGAUGGACGACUGGGUAGAUAGAGGGUGGCGGACGCGCAACGAGCUGUUGCGGAUUUGCCAUCUACGGGAGGCGGAUAAGGAAAUAGAGCAGCGCGAUAUGAAGAGAAGCGUCACCAAGGUAUCGCAGAUACGUUUCGCUUCGGCGAGCAUGGCCAUGGGAUCGACGUGGGCACCAGGACCCAUCUGGUAGUUUUGGGCGAUGACCAAAGGUUGUGUCCCUUUAAUCAACUCUUCCGCGGCGUUAUAAAACUCCGAACAGAGGUUCAGCACCCUCCAUUGGAAAUCAUAAUACGACUGGUGUUGGGGGUGUAGAUCCGACGGAACACCUUGGGGAGAGAGCUGCUUGAAGCCUGGAUACUGCCCGCCCUUGGAGGCCACCUGCGCGUCCGGACGAGGCCUCUUCGUCUUCGAACCUUUCGGUCGGCCGGGCCUCCGCUUCGCGUUCGGAUCGUGCCCCUCGACACGCGCGGCCGGGUCGGACGUCCCGGCUGUUUUGGCAUCUGAAGCUGCACGAGCGGCCGCGCUAACACCCAGCGGUCAGUCCGACUGCGGCACGGCGAGAAGUGGCUCGGCGCUCAGAGGGUCACCUUGCGUUCGCCGUCCCCGAGGCGGUGGAGUGACUCGGAUGCCGGCGGGAGUCGUCUAGAGCGUCCUCGACGACCUCCUCCUCUUCCUCCUCUUCUUCCUCCUCCUCCUCUUCGUGACGCUGAUGGGAGGGUGCGGUGGCGCCGUUCGCGCUUGCGUUGGCGGCGCUCGCCCCGCCGGAGGACGUUACGGCGUGGGAGUUGUACGGCGUAUACUGGGCAUCGCCGUACGCAGGCUGCAGGGCAUGCGAUAGGGUGGACGCCAUCUGCGCCUAUUGUGUACGCUUGAGCGGCAAAGCGGGCGGGGGUGGCUCGGCGUUGCUGUGUGGGGUCGGGCCGGCGACGAGGGGAUUAUUGGUGUCACGGUUCGCGGACGUUUUGGGCCUCGAGGAAUGCAGGCGAGGGCGCAAAGCGAGGCGAAAAGGAAACAAGGGGCGGAAACCCCGAUAUCAUUAACCCCGUGGGAAUCCUCGCAGAGGUUUCACACCGGCUCGACCAGCCGAGCUGAACGGCUUGGUUUUGCUCACCGAGGCAAGCCAGCGUGUCCUCGUCGACGCUUUUGACCCAGCAGCUCCUGAGUCGUUAUGUGCUUCUACGCGCGCCCUUUUUGUUCUUGCUCAUCGUGCCGUGCAGGCGCAGAACAACAAGCUCCGUUUUGCGCCGGUAGCGACGAGUCACGUGGAAGUAAAUGAUUUCAUGCACCGCCUUCUCCGACUCACCCAGCGCGGUUCCUCUUGCCUCAUCCGGUGACCGCACAGUUCUGAACUGUGCCACUUCUCGACCCGUCUCGUGCAGCCUCAGCCUCACCCCUCGACCUCCACCGUCCACAUCGCCCGCCGACGCCGACGACGAUGAGCUCGCCGUCCACGAUGCUAUCGGCCACCACAUCCGCCCAGCCGAGCGCGUCCGUCGCCGCGAGUGCGCUCCGCAGCGCCGGUCUCAUCGAACGGGAGCGGGACGUCCGCAUGCGCGACGCUAGCGACAAGCCCGGCGGGCGCAAGGGCCCUUCCAAGAUACGAUCCCACCGGCCACGCCCGAUCGACGCAUACAAGGACUCGGCGAACCCGUCUAGAUCUGCACUGGUAAAUAUUCUCGUAGCCCUCUGACCUCUUGUUUCCGCGGCGCGCCGGCUCUCCGGCUCUCCUGUCUGUCGCAGCGAUGUGGCGUCUCUGUGUAACAUGUAGCUCACCUAUUACUUCAUUGCCGGCUCUGCCUCCUCGCCGCCCGCCUGUCGAAUAGCUUGCCGCACGCCUCGCAGGCUCCUCCGAUGCCGCACUCGCCAUCCGUGGCGCCGCACGAUCGACGGCGGCGGUGAGCCGGUUACGCAGGAAUGCUGUCGGUGCCCCGGGCGCCACAUCAUCUCGAUUGUCUCCCGGCACCAAGGUGUUGGAUGUUUGGAAGCAGUUUGUGGAGAAGCGAUGGAAUCCCGCCACAAGAUUUCUCAACCUCGAGCGAAUGGCUGAGGACGAACUAUUGAAACAACACAAUCUCACUCCGCCUGGCGUGCCCGGCGGCUCCGCGAAAGAAGCGGCUGUUAUCUUCAAAUUUGCAUCUCAGAUAUGCAAACCCGAGGUCCAAACAGUGUCACUCGCACACAACAACCUUCGAUCAGGACAUCUGAUCUCUACCCUCGCCCACUAUCUUCCCAAGCUCGCCAACUUGUCUCUGGAAGGCAACAACUUCCGAGUAUGGAGAGACCUCGACUACAUCUCCGGCCGUAAGGAGAAACUUGAACAUCUCCGCGAACUCAUCCUCAUCGGCAACCCGCUACGGGAGAACGAGAUCGCCAACGGGAAGUUGAACCAGUACCGCAGUUCUGUGAUACGCAAGUUUCCACAGCUGGAAAUGCUGGAUCAAGAACCGAUCACGAAGAUCUCCUUCGACAACCCAAGUACAUCAGCCGUACCCGCACCCGCGGGGCCCUCAAAACCGACUGCGACGACCUUCCCAUACGAAAUGGGGCCGUCACUCAUCACAGGCGUCGACGGCAUCAUCGUCAGCAAUUUCCUCACCCGCUUCUUCUCCUUCUUUGACACCAACCGCCCCGCGCUCGCCUCCGUCUACCACCCCGGCGCCACCUUCUCCUUCUCUGCGAACACGUCCAUCCCGCCCCGUGCGCGCAUACAAGGCUUCCACCACUCGAAGGAGAUGCCGAACCAAACCAAGCUCGAGUGGUCGCCGUGGCUGAACGGCGGCAACGGCGGCUCGCGGAACUUGAGUAGGAUGGGCGGUGCGGUCGCGAAGACGCUGAAGAGCCUCCACGUCGGUGCAGAGGACGCGGUGAAGGCGCUCAUCGACCUGCCGCAGACGGUGCAUGACGUGACGGGCGCGCCCGAGAAGUUUUGCGUGGAUGCGUGGCCUGUCGGUCAGGGCGAGAGCACGACGCUGUUCGUGAACGUGCACGGGCAAUUGACAGAACAACCCGUGGGCGGCAUACGAUCAUUCGACCGCUCGUUUGUGCUCGCGCCGUCACCCGCAGGGUCGCCCGCGAAAGCGGCGGGAUGGGACGUCGUCAUCCUUUCCGACCAGCUGCUCGUGCGUGCGUAUUCGAGCCAUGAGGCGUGGAAGCCUGGCCCGAUGCGCGUACAGGCAGGCGAUCCGAUACCUCCAGUGGAGGAGCUCGCACCCAUAGUACGUCUCAUCCUGCUAGCCGUGUAUGAACGACAGUGGCUGACCCAUGUCAUGCAGCCCGAACCCCAGCGGACGAUGGUCGUACAGGUCUCGCAGAAGACGGGCCUGAACGUUACGUACACCCUCGAUUGCUUGCAGAAUGCGGGGUGGAACGUGGAUGCGGCGAUCGCCAAAUUUAAGGAGUUCAAGGUGCAACUGCCGAGGGACGCUUUCUUGUAGGCAAACAACAGACAAUCGAUAUACACAUCGCACACAUCGCAUCGAAUGUUUCGUCGGCUACGUAUAUAUGCAUGCAUAGGGACCAUGGUCCCGCGUUGACAUCUGUAUUAUCACGAAUCUCCAGUCAGACUAUACACACAAUCGAUAAUAUUAAACACUAUGUAGCGGUAUUCUGUCUUGCUGAAUUGUUCC